GGUUAAUAGACGUGGACCUUCGUUAGAAUAAGACGCAUAGCAGAGAGGAUUAUAUAUCCAAGGCGACUUAUAAUUUAGGGAUAGAAAAACAAAAAGGAUUAAAGUCAUAGUAAUAGAUUUUUCGCAGAAAAUUAGAAUUAAGUUUUGAUAAUGUCAAAUUUUGAAGCCAUAAAACUUUAUGAAGCAGUAAUCGAAGAAGUUAUAUCUGAUUCAAGACAAGACUUUGAGGACAGUGGGAUAGAUGAGUCUACAUUGCAAGAUUUACGUAAGAUAUGGUGUCAAAAAUUGAGUCUGUCUGGAAUUGCAAAAUUUUCUUGGGAUGAAGAAGCGCAACGAGAAGAAGAAGAACUUGCUAGACAACAACAACAACAACAGCAACCACCACAACACCUUCAAUCCCAACAACAGCAGCAACAGCAGACCCAAGCUCCACUUCAACAGCAGUAUUUACAACAGCAAUUACCAGAUACUCUGUCGGACGUUGGUUUAUCUCAUAUCGACAAUACAAAUGGAUUAGAAUUACCAAACAUUCACCAAUCUGCUUCUUCGUUAUCGUACAAUACUCAUACAUCUAACAACGACAUUCUGGGAAAUAAUCCUAUUGCAAAGAUGGAAGAAGGUGAUGGUACUGGGUUAAUGAUUCCUCGUAUUAACCAAUCUGAUGGUACUUUUGAAUUCACCAUGUACACAUCAAAGGCCGCUGAACUUUUGGAUAAACUCAAGAAGCAAGAGAAGGCUAAGAUACAAAGAGUUGGUCAAAGUGAUGGCGCUGAUGAUUUUGACGAUGAAGAUAUCUAUAAUGAUUCAGAUGAUAUUAAUUCUGAUCUUGAUGAUGAUGUAGAAAGUGACAGAGAAGAUGAAGAAGUUGGUCAAGAUGAGGGACAAAUCAUGCUUUGUUUGUAUGACAAGGUACAGAGAGUCAAAAACAAAUGGAAGUCUACUCUUAAAGAGGGUGUGGCCAAUAUCAAUGGUAGAGAUUACGUUUUCCAAAAGGCUACUGGUGAGAGUGAAUGGUAACAGAAAUAUAUACCUUUUAAACACUGCCAAUUCAGCUUCAUGUAUACGCAAAUAUAAAUAUAACUA